UGUUUUGGAUGGACAGUCGUGGAAAAGUCUUCCACUGUAUAGUUGUUUAGUACCGUUUACAGUGUUUAGAAGAAGAUUAAUAAUAGUGUUAUGUGAGACUUAAGUGGUCACAUAAACGUGCGAUGUGAAGGAAUGACCGCUAUUUUGGGAGGCCAUUUGCGCUUCAUUGGCAGCAACAUCCGUUUCCUCUCUUUCAAGUUUUCGCGGUAAAUGAAUGUAGCCAUAUGUGGAUAAAUGAGGCAUAUUCAUUCACCAAGACUUAUCUUCCAAGUGUUGCCACUGAAUUCUGGACAUAUUAGGUGUAUCGUAACGACGUCUUUAUCUAAACGGGCUUCCGGGCAAAAAGAAAACAUCUGUUCGUGCAAAAGUGUUAACAUUAUCAGAUGUAGAAGUCGAUCCAUGAAUCUAAAGACUGGACUAACUCAAUGACAUACUGCAAGGCUUUUUUCAUUCAGUCAAGUGAAGCACAUCUGCUCAGUUGUAUCCCUUUUAUAAAAACUGGAGCAGAAAUUGUUGGUGAAUGGACAAAUCCUGAAAACAUUGUACAUUGUUCUGAAAACAACAUGAUCUGAACCAGAAAUGUAUAAGAAGGGAGAACGUUCUUCAAGAAUCAACAGUCCUCUAUACAAACAAUCAAAGUGUCCAAACCAGAGCAUGAAGAAUGCUAAAAAGAAAUCAAAUGAAUCUUUCUCCUGCAGCCCAGCCACAUUGUGUUUCAUCAGAAAAUAUUCCCCAUCUACCUCACCUGAUGCUGGAUCAAACUGUACCAAUAGCAAGUACAGUCUAGUAUUAGGCAAGAAAUACCAGGAAGGAAUUACAGCCUUCUGCAGUCAGACUCCAUACUGCCUUUAUUUAUACCAUCCUGUGGAGCUUGAAGAUGAGAAAGAGGCCAGUGUGGUCCUGUUGGGCUUUUUUGACAAAGCUACUGGGGAAAACAAGAUCAGACUGCUUGAUGUUCUCCAUCUAAAGGAAGAGACUGCCGAUGCUAUCUGUACCUGCAUCGUGGAGAUGCUGAAGAAGUUCACAAUACCUCUAAUGAACAUGGCAAUAUUUUAUUCAAAUUUCCCAGAUCAUGAACAUGUUCUUGCUGGUCUAAAGCUGCUGAAACCUGGGAUUGUGUCUUUAUGUGGACUUACAGAUAUGACAGGACGAGCGUGUCAUAAUGGUUUCAUGAAAAUGGAGUUUUCUGGCCUGAUUCUGAAUCUCAUCACACAAAUCUACAAACACUUUCCAUCUUUCCCAGCUGCUCUGCAAAACUUGCUUGAAGAUGUUGAGGGGUCAAACUUCAAUAAUCUCCUGACGUCUCAAUGCUCUCUAUUCUGUAGAAUAAUCCAGAAAAUGACUUUGGCUUGGUCAGACCUUGAAAAAUACUUUGGAUCUCAGGAGACAAUCUGUCAUCUUCUCAGUGAUCCCAAAAUAAGACUCAACGUCCUCUUUCUUAGCCAUGCUUUGCAACCGCUUUGUGAUUUUCAGGAGAGUUUUGUCCGAGGUGUCGGCGUGACACAGCUGCUCCAAGAUGCUUCUCAAUUAGUGAGAUGUUACACAGCGAGUUUCCUCAGACCAAAAGCAGCAGAGUUUUUUCUUAGGAGAGGAAAAACAUCACUUGUACAGGACACAGUGGGACAUUUACCUAGAGGAGAGGUUCAAGUUGGCCAACAGGCUGCUGAUUUUCUCCUGCAAUGCUCUGCUGAGUUGUCUGACUACUUGGACACUUUCCACAGUUCCAUCAUUUCCUUCUACACGACUGUUACUGUUGAAAUUGUUGAGCGCUUACCCUUCCCAGACUCCACCCUGAGAAACGUCUCAUUAGUGUUGAGUCCAGGAAAAAAGCUUGAGGUGACCGGCAAAGUCGUCCAAGAUUUAGGUGUCUGUUUUGGGGUUUGCUCAAGCCCUGAGAAUGUCAGCUUGCUCACUGAUGAGUUUUUGGAGUAUCAGUUCAUUGAUGAGGGUGACGCACACCCCGCUGACCAGUCCAUGGAGCAGUACUGGAAGACCAAGCUGAGGAUUAUGGGAAGGACAUCUAGUUUUGGGAAAUUAAUCAUUAGCCUAUUGGCCCUACCCAAAACUUUGAAAAAAGAGGUCAUUUUUGAACAGAUGUUUAAUCAAACUUACAAUCUCAAUGGGAGUAAAAUGGAGGACUGUGAGGAGAAAGACAUGGCUGAGGACGAUGCCACAGACAGUAGCUCAUAUAAAAGCGCUCCAUCACACCUCAGCCCAGAGACUCAAAGGAGCAUCACAUCCGAUGUGAUCGACUUAAGGGAAGAGGAAGACAUUAUGCCAGUCUCUUGUGAUUCCGGCCCAGAAAGUCAAAAGGACCAAAAAGGAGAUCACCAAUAUGUUUCCAGUGAUGAUGAGUUCAGCAGUAGUGAUGAAGAUGAGUACAGCAGCAGUGAUGAUGAUGUUGUAUGGACUAAGAAAAGAAAAGGAAGUAUCUCAAAUAACAAUGAGAAAACAACCAGUCAAUACCAGGGCAAUUACACAGUCGGUGAGAUGGUUUGGGGGCCAAUUGAGGGCUUUGGUCUUUGGCCUGGACUAGUUCAGAUGUGGGACAGCAAGAGGCCUUGUGGCUCCAUACGUAAAGUGAUUUUCUUUGGGAAUAGGAUGCUGUCAGAGAUCCAAGCUGACGAUCUCCUGCCCUUCUAUUCAUUUGCAAAGUGCUUCUGUUCUAAUUCCUUUGCUACAGUAGCAACAUAUAAAGAAGCAGUUUUCAAUUCUCUGCAGGUGGCGUCCAGGCGCAGUAGAAUGUUUUUUUCUCUCGAGACGGACUCUACGGAUGAGCUGCUUAGAGUUAUGUUGAACUGGGCCUUUGGAGGCUUUAAGCCAACGGGUCCAGAUGGACUUCGACCUCAAUCAGAAUAUAGUGAAGAGGUUUUUAUGCCACGAUCAGUGAAUGGGAAUGUUGGAUCCUCUACGAACUGCAAAGACUGUCGAGAAAAAUUAUUUAAAUUAACUGUAUCUCUAAAUAAACUCCCCGAAUCUCUGGACCUGCACAAAGGUUCGAUAAACCUAAGAAAAACAGAUGUUUACAGAGAAUUCAUGCAGCCCAGAUUGAAUCAGAGAUCCUUGCAGACUCCGAGGACACGCAGAGAACAGAAUCGCACAAACUGGAAUAAGUAUCUAAAUUACAGAGAAAGUAUGCAGGUCGAGUCCAGACAGAACAGCCAAAAAAGAUAUCAAAUGGUACAUGAAUUUCUGGAGAACAAGAGAAACAUUGAAGAGUUCUGCUUAUCAUGUGGGAGUACAUUCGUCGAAAUCAUCCACCCACUCUUCCAAGGCAGCCUGUGCAUGAAAUGCAAGUAUAAUUUCACGGAGACGCUGUACCGUUAUGAUGAAGAUGGCUAUCAGUCGUACUGUACCGUGUGCUGUUCUGGCAUGGAGGUCAUUCUGUGCGGCCAUGACAGCUGUUGUCGCUGCUACUGUGUGGACUGUCUGGAUAUCCUGGUGGGCGAGAGGACCUUCGACCGGCUGAAAAACGUGGACCCGUGGACCUGUUACCUGUGUGCACCUGAGAGCAGCUCUGGAGCCUUGAAGCCCAGGCAUGACUGGAGCAUCCGUGUGCAGGAAUUCUUUGCCAACAACAGUGCCAUGGAGUUUGAGCCCCAUCGUGUUUACCCAUCGAUCCCUGCUACCCUACGACGUCCAAUCAGAGUCCUUUCCUUAUUUGAUGGCAUAGCCACUGGAUACCUCGUUCUAAGGGAUCUCGGCUUCAAAGUGGAAAAAUAUGUGGCCUCAGAAGUUGAUGAUGAAUCGGUGACCGUCUCUAUGGUCAACCAUGAUGGAAAAAUCACUCAUGUGGCUGAUGUUAAGAACAUUACGAAAGAACAUAUUAAGAAAUGGGGUCCAUUUGAUCUUCUCAUCGGUGGAAGUCCAUGCAAUGACUUGUGCACAGCCAAUCCUAGUCGAAAGGGCUUGUUUGAGGGCACUGGGCGGCUCUUUUUCGAAUAUUAUCGGCUUCUGAAUGUUAUGAAGCCGAAGGAGGACGACCCACGGCCGUUCUUCUGGCUGUUUGAGAACGUGGUGUCGAUGGAAAACAAGGUUAAAGCGGACAUUUGCCGCUUUCUGGAAUGUAACCCUGUGCUUGUUGAUGCUGUGAAAGUGAGUCCAGCUUACAGAGCAAGAUACUUCUGGGGGAACAUACCUGGGAUGAACAGACCAAUCACAGCAUCUCAGAAAGAUAAAGUCAGUCUUCAGGAAUGUCUGGAGGCCGGCCGCACUGCAAAGUAUGAAAAGGUUCGCACUAUCACCACACGACCAAACAUACAGAAACCAGGCGUCGAUGACAGGCAUUACCCCAUCAUCAUGAAUGGAAAAGAUGACAGUUUGUGGAUCACUGAAUUGGAGAAGAUAUUUGGAUUUCCAAAGCAUUACACAGACGUGAAAAAUAUGGGGCGUAUGCAGAGGCAGAGAGUGCUGGGGAAGUCCUGGAGUGUCCCUGUCAUAAGACAUCUUUUAGCACCACUAAAGGAUUACUUUGCUUGUGACUAAGUACUCUUGAAAUGAAUUGAAGUUUAUGGUGCACUUUUCAUCUUUCUCUUUUAGAGUAAAAAGACUCAGGGAAACUAUAGUUUAUUUUUUAUUGUUUUACAUCUUUAAAAAGUAAUAAACUUAAAUGUGUGUAGUGCUCUGUGAAGUGACGAGAUACUAGACCUUUGUAUUAUUUAGAACUGAAAUUAGGUUUGCAGUGAUCAAAAUGAACUUAUCAUUUAUUCAGGCUGUUAUUUAUUUGAACUGGUUUCCCCUGGAAAUGUUUUUGUUUUUUGUUUUUGAGUGUUUUUUUUGUUUUUUUACUUAUUUAAAAUAAGUAAAGUGUUGUUCCAUUUAUAUUAAAUAUGUUUAUUUAAUCAAUUAAUGGAAAUUGUCACUAUGAUGUCUUAGCCUAUAACUAGAUAUAAACCUGUAACUGAGUUUAGAAUGAGUAUCAUCAAAUGUCAGAUAAGAGAAAACAACAGAAUUCACCACAGACUAUUUUUUUUUUUUACCUUAGUUUUAUAUCACCUUCAUUUUUGCUCAAAUCUAUUUUUCUUUUGACACUUUUAUUAAUGAUGUGCAUUAUUCGGAUGGUAUUUAAAACGUAAAUUUUAAAGUCUUAAAACGAGUUACUUGCUAAGGCUUUACAUGACAUAAAAAAAGAGACUUUUAUUUUGAAGUGUGUUUGGUAGAGUCCUGUUUUAGAUGGACAGCACCGUUACAAUGCUUGUAGUAGAAGUAAAGAGCAGUACCAUGUGUGAAAUGUUUACAUAGUUAACAGUAGACAAGUUCAUCUGUUGUUUAAACAUGUUUCAUCAGGCUGUUAAGAAACUAGGUAUCUAUCAUAAUGUCAAAAUUUGGUCACUGUCUUGUAUUACACGUGCUAUGCUUUAAGAGUUCUUACUGAAGACGUUUCAUUUAGAAGUCAUGCUUAUGUUGGUGUGUCAUUAUCAAAAUGUUCGCAACUUAAAACAAUGUUAGAAGUUUUGAGUUAAGACCACUUUUAUAGAUUAAAACUGAUGGUAAGUAUUAGCAUCCUGGAAUGAUUACUAAUAAAAUACAACUUUACUGUU